AUGAAGCCCCCAAUCUCACUCUCGUUGUCGGCCACGCUCUUACUCCUCACCCUCUACCCGGCCAAAUCAACCGCCUGGCUCCCCUGGAGCAACAAGAACAUAACCUCAACCAACGGCACAAACCUCUUCGAACAAACCAACGGCAAAAUCCGUGGCGUGAACCUCGCCUCCCUCUUUGUCCUAGAGCCCUGGAUGGCCCCCUCCGAAUGGUCCUCCAUGGGCUGCGCAGACACAAAGUCCGAAUUCGACUGCGUCCUGCAUCUGGGCCAGAAUAAGGCCGAUGCCAGCUUUAGACAGCACUGGGAUACGUGGAUCACUAGGGAGGAUCUCCACAAUAUCACCACGCUGGGACUGAAUACCGUGCGUGUUCCGGUGGGGUAUUGGCUUUAUGAAGAGUUGGUGGAUAGGGAAUCGGAGUAUUUUCCUCGGGGCGGGUGGGAGUUUUUUGAGAGGGUUUGUCGCUGGGCGGCGGAGGAGGGCGUUUAUGUUAUUGUUGAUUUGCAUGGGGCACCGGGGGCGCAGGUUGCUAUGAAUCCUGAUACGGGGCAGUACGCACCAAGCCCCGGCUUCUACAACGCCUACCAGUACGACCGUGCAGAAACCUUCCUGGCAUGGCUCACAGCCCAAAUCCACAGUAACAGCAACUUCAGCACGGUAGGAAUGAUCGAGCUUGUCAAUGAGCCUAUCCAGAAUCCAGAUCAGGUGGCGUCUAUGCGGACGGACUUUUACCCAAAUGCCAUUGCAAAAAUCCGCUCCAAAGAAAACACUACCGUCCCUAAAGCCUCCUACCUCCACAUCCAAAUGAUGUCCAAAAGCUGGGGCUCCGGAGACCCCAACCAAGCCCUAACAAACAACGACACAUCCUACCUCGCCUACGACGACCACCGGUACCUGAAAUACAACACGUCCAUUGCCAUGACAAAGGACAGCUACCUCUCCGCGUCGUGCGGGGAGAAUGCGUCGGACGCGCAGGACACGCCGGUCGUCGUGUCGGAGUGGUCUCUUAGUCCUGCGCAGGCGGUGGAGGGGUCGAAGGCGUGGGCUCCCGAGAGUAAGUCCAAUAAGAAGUUUUACAAGAAAUGGUUUGCGGCGCAGGUGCAUGCCUUUGAGAAGGGGGCGCUGGGGUGGGUGUUUUGGGGGUGGAAGCAGGAGUUGGGGGAUUAUCGGUGGGGGUAUCAGGACGCCGUAAACGCCGGCGUUAUCCCUAAGGAUCUUGGAUCUGUCCUUGAUAUGAAAGUCUGCAGCGGACAGAUCAAGAAACAGAUAACUCCUUCCGUGCGCAACAUGUUGGUGAUAUGUUUGGUCAUCGCUAUUUCCUUUCCGCUCAUGAAAUGA